AUUUUACAAAACUCCCUUUCCUCCUUCAAAGAACACUAACCCAAUUCCCAUCUCCCAUCUUCUUUCUCUCUCUCUCUCAAUUUUUUUCCUUUGUGGUCCUUCCUCUUUAUAACUCUCUUAUCACUUCCCCCUUUUCCCUUCCCUUCAAACCCUAACUGAAAACCUUCCCUCUCUUCUUCUUUCUUCCUCCACUUUCCCUUUAACCACUUUCCCUCUUCACCCUUUCCAUUUUUUUGGCUUUUCCAAACUCCUCAUAAAGCUUUAUUAACAACAUGUCUAGCAGAAGAUCAAGGCAGUCAAGUGCUUCUAGAAUCACUGAUGACCAAAUCAUUGAACUCGUCUCCAAGCUUCGCCAACUCGUUCCCGAGAUUCGCCAUCGUCGUCCCGACAAGGUAUCAGCUUCAAAAGUCCUCCAAGAGACUUGCAAUUACAUAAGAAAUUUGCAUAGGGAAGUUGAUGAUCUAAGUGAAAGACUCUCUCAACUCUUAUCAACUAUAGAUGCUGAUAGUGCAGAGGCAGCCAUAAUUAGGAGCUUAAUUAUGCAAUAGGAUUUGAAGAAUAAGAACAAGGUUGUUGUGUUUGGUAAUCAUAUAUAUAUUAUAUAUAUAUAUAUAUAUAUUAAUAUGAUAUUUAUGUAUAAGAUAUGAUGUUACUAUGUUAUUUAUAUGGGUUUUUUUUUAAUAUUUCCUUUUCUAGGUUUUUGGUCGCUUAGAUCAAAAAAGGGUGUAUUUUUUUCCAUGAAAAGAGAAACGUCCCUUUAUUAUUAUUAUAUAUAGGGGAUGUAACUAAAAUGUAUAAUAGAAGGACUUACAUUAGUAAAGCCUUCUUUUCAUAUUUAUAUAUAAAGUUAUAUAAAUACACCCAAAAAAAAAAAAAAAUGUACCAUCUUCUCGCUUUUAUUUGAGAGAAA